AUGCCUAAUCCAUCUUCACUGAAAUUAGGCAGAGAGUUGAAUACUGAUGAUGAUGGUGGUGGUGGUGAUGGUGAUGAUGAUGGUGGUGAUGGUGAUGAUUCAUUGGAGCCGGAUUUCAUACUCCCAGAAGAACUUUAUCGGAUUUUGAUCGGGGCUCGUCGAUCUUUCUUCUCCGAACAUCAAGCUAAUUUAGAUGGUGGGGCUGGUGACGAUGGUAGUAAUGGUGAUGAGGAUUGUAGUGGUGAUGAUGAGAGUCAUGGAAGUGAUGCUGAGAACAUACACUUUCCAACAUUGUUGCAGCGGCGAUGUCAACAGAGGAAGUUGUUGAAAAAUAACAUCAACAACAACGUCAACAACAACAUCAUCAACAACAACCUCAACAACAACAUCAUCAACAACAACCUCAACAACAACAUCAACAACAACUACAACAACAACAACAUCAUCAACAACAUCAAUAUUAACAUCAACAAUAUUGAUAGUGGCAGCAACAAUUUCAAAAACAGUCAAAGUGACGUCAACAGAUAUAACAACAACAGCCACACUAACAACAACAACAUCAACAACAAUAACAACAACUUCAACAACAACAUCAACAACAACAUCAACAACAACAACAUUCUGUCAGAAGACGUCAUAACAACAACAACAACGUUGACGACAAAGACAAGGACAGAGAUUCCAAUAGAAAAUUUAAUUAUUGAUGCCAGUAAGAGAAAGAUGUUUCUCGAUGGUCAGUUCGAUUUGGUCGUCAUCUACGAUCAGUGCUGUCAAAAUGUUGAAGAGUUGCAUCACAACAACAACAACAACAUCAACAACAACAACAACAUCAACAACAAUAUUAACAACAACAACAACAUCAACAACAAUAACAUCAACAAAAGCAACAACAACAUCAACAAAAGCAACAACAACAAUAAUAUCAACAAAAGCAACAACAAUAAUAACAUCAACAACAACAACAUCAUCAACAACACUAACAACAAGAUAAAUAACAUCAACAAUUGUUGUCGAAAAGUCGCAUCUUACAAUAACGACGACAAACCUCUCUUACAUUCAAGUAUUAAAAGCAAUAUCAACAACGACAACAACAAUAGCAGUAGCAGCAAUGGCAGCAGCUUCAAAUACUGCUACAACAACUACUACAACAACAGCAGCGGCCACAACAACUACUACAACAACAGCAGUGGCCACAAAAGCAACUACAACAACUACAUCGCCGAUGACGGCAAUAACAUAUCGGUUGUUAUGAAGAGUUUUAAACUCUUAUUGAGCAGUGAUCAACACUGCAGGAUCAAAUUUCUAAAAGGCGGCUUCCAGACGUUCAGUGAACGAUAUCCAGACCUAAUGAGGAGUAAUCUGCUAUCAGCAACACUACCACCACCACCAUCAUCAUCAUCGUCAUCAUUAUCGUCAUCAUUACCAAAAUAUUGUCCACCAUCAUCAUCAUCAUCGUCGUCAUCAUCAUCAUCGUCAUCUAACCCCGGGGGAAAGUUUUUUUGCACUGGGAAAACUACUGAUAAGACCAGCAACCCCACCAGAAUCCUCCCCUGGUUGUACUUGGGUGGUCGCAUGGAUGCCGAAAGGGUUGAUGGAUUGGUGGGGCUAGGCAUAACUGCUCUACUCAAUGUCGCCAAAAUUAAUAACAAUAAAAAUAAUAAUAGUAAUAAU